AUGCCGGCGCGCGCGCUGCUGCUGCUGGCCGCGCUCUGGGCGCUGGCCCCGGCCCCGGCCCCGGCCCGCCCGCCCGCGGCGGCCGCCUGCCCCGCCCGCUGCGACGUGUCGCGCUGCCCCGGCCCGCGCUGCCCGGGCGGCUACGCGCCCGACGCCUGCGGCUGCUGCCUGGUGUGCGCGGCGCGCGAGGGCGAGCGCUGCGGCGGGGCCCGGGACGCGCCGUGCGGGGACGGCCUGGAGUGCGCGCGGGGCGCCUGCCGCUGCCGCUGGGCGCAGCCCGUGUGCGGCUCCGACGGCCGCACCUACGCCAGCGCGUGCGCCCUGCUGGACGCCGGCCCGCCCGUGCGCCUGCUGCAGAGGGGCGCCUGCCCGGCGGGUCUUCACCAGCUGACCAGCCCGCGGUACAGGUUCAACUUCAUCGCGGACGUGGUGGAGAAGAUCGCGCCGGCCGUGGUGCACAUCGAGCUGUUCCUGAGACACCCCCUGUUCGGCCGCAACUUGCCCCUGUCCAGCGGCUCGGGCUUCAUCGUGUCGGAGGACGGCUUGAUCGUGACCAACGCGCAUGUGGUGUCCAGCUCCAGACCCGCCUCGGGCCGCCAGCAGCUCAAGGUGCAGCUGCAGAGCGGCGACUCCUACGAGGCCACCAUCAAGGACAUCGACAAGAAGGCGGACAUCGCCACCAUCAAGAUCCACCCCAAAAAAAAGCUGCCGGCGCUGCUGCUGGGCCACUCCACUGACCUGCGGCCCGGGGAAUUUGUGGUGGCCAUCGGCAGCCCCUUCGCCCUGCAGAACACUGUGACCACGGGCAUCGUCAGCACCACCCAGCGGGACGGCCGGGAGCUGGGGCUGCGGGACUCGGACAUGGACUACAUCCAGACGGACGCCAUCAUCAACUACGGGAACUCCGGGGGACCACUGGUGAACCUGGACGGCGAGGUCAUCGGCAUCAACACGCUCAAGGUGGCCGCCGGCAUCUCCUUCGCCAUCCCCUCCGACCGCAUCGCGCGCUUCCUCGCCGAGAUCCAGAACAAGCAGGUCAAAGACUGGAAGAAGCGCUUCAUCGGGGUGCGGAUGCGGACGAUCACGCCCAGCUUGGUGGAAGAACUAAGGAACAGCAACCCAGACUUCCCAGCGGUCAGCAGUGGCAUUUAUGUGCAAGAGGUCGUUCCAAAUUCACCUUCCAAGAGGGCGGGCAUCCAGGACGGCGACGUCAUCGUCAAGGUCAACAGCCGCCCGCUGGCCGACUCGAGCGAGCUGCAGGAGGCCGUGCUGACCGAGUCCCCGCUGCUGCUGGAGGUGCGGCGCGGCAACGACGACCUGCUGUUCAGCGUGGCGCCCGAGGUGGUGCUCUGAGCCCCCGGCCCGACGAAGGGCCCCCGCGGUCCUCAGCAGGGCAGCGGCCUCCGCCCGGCCGCCAGGA